GCAUGAUACCCCAAUAGAGCCACCCUCGAACCCGCACCGCCACCAUGCGCUUGACCGUCGAACUGAUCCAAAAUUCCCUUUCCUACAUCAACCCGCUCAAGGAUCGCGAGCUAGAUCUCCGAGGGCACAAGAUACCCGCCAUCGAGAACUUGGGUAUCGCCAAGGACCAAGAUGCCAUCGACCUCACAGAUAACGAUAUCACCUCCCUCGGAAACUUCCCCCUCUUCCCUCGUCUCCGCACCCUCCUCCUGGCCCGCAACCGCGUCAAGCAAAUCCAGUCCACGAUAGCGACCUCCAUCCCGAACCUGAGCUCGCUGGUCCUGACAGCAAAUAACAUGAGCGAACUCGCGGACCUGGACCCCCUUCGCAACCUCUCCCACCUGACACAUCUAGUGUUGCUCGAGAACCCCGUGACAAGGAAGGAGCACUACCGCUACUACGUAAUCUGGCGCAUCCCCAGCAUCCGCUUCCUCGACUACGCGAAAGUCAAAGACGCGGAGCGCGAAAAAGCCAGCGAACUGUUCGGAACCGCCGAAGAACCAUCCGCACUUGCGUCCAAGAUCAUGGGCAUCAAGUCUCGGACGUUUGAUGUUCCCUCGGGCGCUGCGGACCGGGCACCCGCUGAUAAGGUCGUCCGGGUGCAGUUGACGGAUAAGGAGAGGAAGCGCGUGGAGAAGAUGAUUCGUGAGGCGAAGAGUUUGCAGGAGAUUUCGCGGUUGGAGAGGGAGUUGAAUGAGGGGAGAAUACCUGGUGGGGCGUUGGGGUAUGCCGAGGAUACGGAUGAUGAGGAUAAGAUGCAGUCAUGAUGAGUUGCCGUUGACUUUUUUUUGACUUGUUUUACUACUGUAAGGGUUUGAUUGCUUCGGGCUGUUUUUUUUUAAAAUUAUACUAUAUGUCAUAUUAUUUGGUCGUGCUGCUUUGUGGUAAAGUCGCAGCACUAUUUCGGUGCGGGUGUUUGGUCGAAUCAAAUAUUUGCAUCAUCUUGG